GUCCAAAGGAACUGGGGAUGCGUAACUGGAGCAGGGCUCACAGUUAGUGUCUUCAUAAUACUCUGCAUCGCUAACUCAGUGCACUGCCUUCGGAGAGGUGGGGAAUCACUAUUAUUCCCAUUUUACUGCUGAGGAAACUGAGACCAGGUGUGAGUUGCCUAGGCGCACGCAGGAGGACAGUGUCAAGAAUAGUGCACUUGUGUCUGCGCAAGGCUGACCAGAAGCUAGUGAUCAUUAAACAGAUCCCUGUGGAGCAGAUGACGAAGGACGAGCGGCUGGCGGCACAGAAUGAGUGCCAGGUGCUGAAGCUACUGAAUCACCCCAAUAUCAUUGAAUAUUACGAGAACUUCCUGGAAGACAAGGCUCUUAUGAUUGCUAUGGAGUAUGCACCAGGUGGCACCUUGGCAGAGUUUAUUCAUAAACGUUGCAACUCCCUGUUGGACGAAGACACCAUCCUGCACUUUUUUGUGCAGAUCCUACUGGCCCUUCAUCAUGUUCACACCAAACAGAUCCUGCACCGGGAUUUAAAGACUCAGAACAUUCUGUUGGACAAGCACCGCAUGAUCGUCAAGAUUGGAGACUUUGGCAUCUCAAAAAUCUUGAGCAGCAAGAGCAAAGCCUACACGGUUGUGGGGACUCCGUGCUACAUCUCCCCGGAGCUGUGUGAAGGGAAACCCUACAACCAGAAGAGCGAUAUCUGGGCGCUGGGCUGUGUGCUUUACGAACUUGCCAGUCUCAAGAGAGCCUUUGAAGCUGCAAACCUGCCUGCCUUGGUGCUAAAGAUCAUGAGUGGGACAUUUGCUCCCAUCUCAGACCGAUACAGCCCAGACCUGCGCCAGCUCAUCCUGAGCAUGCUCAACCUGGACCCUUCCAAACGGCCCCAGCUGAAUGAGAUCAUGGCCCAGGCCAUCUGCAUCAGGCCACUUCUGAACCUUUACACUGAUGUGGGCAGUGUCAAAAUGAGAAGGCCUGAGAAGCCAUUAGCUACAGUGCCACCAGUGACCCACAACAGAGCGGGAGGAAGAGUGACCAGUGCCAGACCCAGGGGUGUUCGAGUUCACUCAGCCAGGACUGGAAUCCCACCUCCCCUGUCUUCCAUCUACACCUGGGGCAGCGGAAUCACCACCCCGCUCCGCCUGCCCAUGCUCAACACAGAAGUGGUGCAGGUUUCUGCAGGGAGAACCCAGAAGGCCGGCAUCACUAAAUCAGGGAGGCUCAUCAUGUGGGAGGCUUCCCCAAUGGGUGCCACUGGAGGCCCCUCCCUCCCAGGGGCCACAGAGCAGCUCCAGCCUCAGUUUGUGUCCCGCUUCCUGGAAGGCCAGUCCGGAGUGACUAUCAAACAUGUGUCCUGUGGUGACCUCUUCACAACCUGCUUGACAGACAGGGGGAUAAUCAUGACUUUUGGCAGUGGCAGUAAUGGUUGUUUGGGGCAUGGAAACUUCACUGAUGUAACACAGCCUAAGAUCGUGGAGGCGCUGCUGGGCUACGAGAUUGUGCAAGUGGCAUGUGGCGCGUCUCAUGUGCUGGCCAUUUCCAAUGAACGGGAAGUGUUUGCCUGGGGCAGAGGGGACAAUGGUCGGCUUGGGCUGGGAACUCUGGACUCCCACAAUUCUCCCCAGCAGGUAGCUGUUCCGCCUGAACACGAGGCUCAGAAAGUCCUUUGUGGUAUUGACUCCUCCAUGGUCCUGACGGUGAAGAACCAGAUUCUUGCUUGUGGGAGCAACAGGUUUAACAAGCUGGGCCUGGAUAAGAUUGCGGAGCAGGGGGAGCCGGCCCUGGGGGAUCAGGUGGAAGAAGCUCCCACAUUCACGUGUGUCCAGUCAGGGCCCUUAAAUCAAGAGCCGGUGGUGUGUGCAGAUAUUGGAACAGCCCAUUCGGCUGCAGUCACAGCUUCUGGCCAGUGUUACACCUUUGGCAGCAACCAACACGGGCAGCUUGGCACCAGCACCUGCCAUACCAGCCGUGUGCCCUGCCUGGUUGUGGGACUCCAAGCGAUUAAGGUCACCAUGGUGGCUUGUGGCGAUGCCUUCACUGUGGCCAUUGGAGCAGAGGGAGAGGUGUACACCUGGGGGAAAGGAGCCCGCGGGCGCUUGGGAAGGAAGGAUGAGGAGACCAGGACUCCAAGGCCUGUGCAGCUGGAGGAGACCCACCCCUACCUGGUGACCUCUGUCGCCUGCUGCCAUGGGAACACACUGCUGGCAGUGAAACCUGCAGGGGAAGAGUCGGGCCCUCAGUGAGGAACGGGCUGAGAGGAGCGAACUGCACCGCCUCCAUAUGGACAUAGCCAGCUUCCUUCUGAUCUCCUGACCUGCAUGGCGCACAUAUCCUCCCCUGCCUGCCUCCAUGUUACUCAGGCCUGGAGGACGGGGCUCUGGAGUGCUGGGGCAACACCAUGGGCUGCAUUGGUGCUUGCCAGGAGCCGGAGAACACCUGAUCUAUAGAGAAUGGAAUGCACAGAACUGAUGCCCUUAUCGUUAAUACAGAGAUGUCAAGCCACUCAGAUCAACAGGGGUCACUGCAUGCUGGAACCUGAAGCCUCCCCCAGGACAUUGCCCCAUGGAGCAGCACCUGCUGGGACAGGCCACAUCUCUCCAUCAAGGAUGAAGGGUGAUCAUGACCUGUCUUGUAUUCAGAGGGCCCCACGCAAGUGAUUUCACUGUGGCAUUGCAUAUGUGAUUGCCACCAGCAAGAAGGGCCUCGGUUUAUUUUCACACUUCCGUGAAAACUGACUCUGAUUACAAAGCGUGGGCUGGCAGCUUGGUGUCGGAGGGAGCUGUCAGCGUUUGCACCGGAACGUCUGUUGUUAUGGCCCCAGGCACUAUGAUGGGUGACUAAGUGCAAAACUCUUUUACUUAAAGUCUGUUUAUUCCUGAAGAAUGUUUGGCCCAGUUGUUGACCGAGUUCAUUGCGUUUUCAAGCUACCAAAGUUCUGGGGCCAUGACCCACUUGGCCCUUCGCCAGCCGCCAGAACCAGCGAGAACAGUGAUCUUGUGUGUAGGCGGCUUGGCCCUGGGCUGUUCUUCCCAAGUGCCUACUUUAACUCUCCGAUCACAGCUUGACUUGGGUCCUUCGACUCUUAGUUCUGGAUGCCCCGGCUAAGGUUUGGUCUCAGAUCUCUAAAGCCUGCUAGUGAUGCAUCCGAUGAAGUGAGUUUUAGCCCAUGAAAGCUUAUGCCCAAAUAAAUUUGUUAGUCUCUAAGGUGCCACAAGUUCUCCUGUUCUUUUUGCAGAUACAGACUAACACGGCUGCUACUCUGAAACCUGCUAGUGAGCAGUUCACUGUCCAACAGCCUAGACCCCUGCUACUGAAAAUCACCAGUAUCGCGGCAAGCAGCUGUGAGUAACUGGAGUUCUGGCCUCGAUCUGACCAUGAGGAAGGAGGAGGCCCUCCCCGGGGCUCUUCCUGCCAGAGACUGGAGUUAUCUUUUGAUGUAACCAGAAGGAUCAUUCCCAUUUUUACUGACACCAGACUCUGGGCCAUUUGCUGAAGAGCUUUUGUCUCUGAGCUAUCUUAGCAGCCCUCCUUUUCACUCGACUAGGACACACUUGCCAGUCAGUUGUGUAUAAAGGCUGUGCUUUCACUCGCUGGUAGAUUCACUGGCUUAGUUAUUUCAUUGUGGAUCUUUGUUUGA